CUUGAGGAAGCCUUAACAAAAUAAAUUACGUUUAUUCAUGACUAGUUUAGCGCCUUUUGUAAUGCAAUUAAUAAAUUUCGUAUUUUACUUGAUUUUUCAUAAAUGACAGUUGAGGAAACAUAACCUAAAAAAACAGCGAUUUUAGCUCGAAAAAUGAUGUCAGAUGAGUCUGAAAAUGACGCUGUUUAUACCGAAAGCUACGAAAACGACAUUUACUACAAAAAAUACAAACUCCUUUUGGAGGAAUGUGCCCAAUUACAGAAAUCCAACGAAAUAUUAGUUUUUAGGAUCCAAGAGGUGAACAAAAUCGUUAACCGACGUCAAAAAGAAGUGAAAUUCUUCAAAAAACGUCUGUUGAACAAUUAUAGCGAAGAUUGGACUGUGAUACCUAACCUAGACCUUAUCAAAGAAGAAGAAGACUCAAAAUCAGUCGCAUUUCUCAUGCUGAAAGACAAGCUCAAAGAGGAAAAGUGUGAAGAAGUGGAGAGACCCAAACCGGCGAAAAAACCAACAAAACGGAAAAGUGCAAGAAGCGAAAAGGACCCAAAAGCCCCGAAAAGACCGUCAAAUCCGUUUUUCCAGUUUUGCCAAGAGCAGAGACAGAUUUUGAUGGAACAAUUGAAUGCUGAGUUGAAACCAGGCGAAGCCGAGCUGACCAAACAGGAGUUAACAAGACAAUUGGCAAUUAAAUGGAAAUCGUUAUCAGGGAAUGAUAAGAAGGUUUAUGUGGACAUGUAUGAAAGGUCUAAGGAGAAAUACGCAGCAGAGAUGUCAGAAUAUAACAUGAAAAAAUAAUUGUAUUUUACAAAUAAAAAUUAACUUUUAUUCA